AUGCUACAAGCCAUCAAAUUAUCAGCAAUACUAUUGCUCCUUUCCUCCACAGUCUCCUGUUUCAAAGGCGGAGGGAUCUUCAAACUUCCCGAGCUGAUAGUUUCGACCAAUUCCACCUACUUACUACGAUCUCGGGUCACCCAAUUAGACUGUAAAUUGUACGACCCAAACGGAGAAUGGGCCAGCACAUCGCUCGAUAGAACUUAUUGGAUGAAAGAUGGGACGCCGAUCAAAGAGCUGGUGGAGGAUCAUCCCGAGCUGGUCGAAAAUGAUGGAAUGUAGGCUGAAGAUUACCUACAGUGACGGACCUGAUCCAGUGGCAAAAAUCGUACCAUUUGGCAUCCGGAAAGCUUCAAAAAAUGUAGCAAAAUACCUCCCUUUCCAUGUGAAAAAACUCCGAUUUCAAAAGCCCGCCAGCUCUUUUUGUGAGGGAGCCCUUCAAAACGGAGUCUUUUUAGUUGGAGAGGGAGGUAUUUUGCCACAUUUUUUGAUACUUCCCGGAUUCAAAAUGAUACGUUUUUUGCCACUGGAUCAGGUCCGUCACUCUUAGUAUCUUAUUCUUUGAGUAGACAUCCUUUUACAGCCUGAGAAAUCAAAAAAAAUCUGAAAUUUCAGUCUAAAAGUCCUGAAGGCCACUCAUUUCGCGGAAGGCGAGUACCAAUGCUCUUCGAUUGUGAGGAACGUCAAUCUGGCGCAUGAUACGACAAUCAACAGCAGGCUCGUCUCGGCACCUCUAAAACUGCGACGAGCGAGGAUAACCAAGUUUGAGCGAUACGCAACCGAAAAGAUACGAGUGAAAGCGGGAGAAGUGGCCAGAUUGCCAUGUUUAGGACUUCCUGAUGUUGUACCGGGUAAGCGAACAACUGCAUCUCCGAAAUCAGACAAUAAGAAAGGAGAUUGAUCCAUAACAAGCGUUCUAAACCAUAUUCUUUAGGUCCACCCGAGAUCUGGUUCGAGAAACAAGGUCAUGAAGGUGUCCAACUUGGCCGAACUGGAAACCAACGGUUCAUCUCCACUCCAACUGGCCUACAAAUCGCUCUUACUCAGCCCGUAGACGCUGGAAAGUACUAUUGUAUGGUCCGCAACCCCUACAUGAACCUAACCCGAGCCGCACCAAAACCGAUGGAACUUUUGGUCGAACCGGGAAUCCGCUUCCGAAGGCCAGAUCAGCCCAAAAAACCGGUCAUUGUGUAUCCCAAGUUGAACAAAUCAGCAGAACCGAUUGAAUAUCACGUUGUGGCAGGUCAAACUGCAAUUCUAGAGUGCGUUAUAUCGGAUGCCGUGAUUCGAUGGAACAAACCGGACUUCUCAAUGUCCGACGUGUCCAUUGAUGAUGACAGAGCGAGAGUCAGACAGAUCUGGGGCAAUCUGCGGAUAAAGGUAAGAAAAUACCCCCUAUUACAGUGACGGAACUGAUCCAGUGGCAAAAAACAUAUCAUUUUGCAUCCGGGAAGUAUCAAAAAAUGUGGCAAAAUGCUUCACUUGGAGAGGGAGGCAUUUUGCUACAUGUGUUGAUACUUCCCGUAUCCAAAAUGGUAUGUUUUUUGCCACUGGAUCAGGUCCGCUACUGUACGAAUAACGCCGUCCUUUCAGCACGUUACCGUUGAUGAUUCGGACGACUACGUUUGUCACGGCCUAAAAGCUCAUGACGACAACGAACUUCGACGACCAGAUCAUCCAACAAUCACAUACCGUCUCAUAGUUCACGCUCCAACCAACGUCCGCCUAAUGCUAGCUCAACAAGUCCACGACAAGUCGUGGCAGCUAUCCUGCUACGCUCAUAAUCUUUGGUACGAAAUCCCAAUGGUCUAUGUGAAUGGGCUCGCGUUGAUCGACGCCAUGGAAGAGAUGGGAGUUCCGGCGCAAACAAAUUUCUAUACCAAUCCAAUCAAUGUGACGUUGAAGUCAAAUCAUCCGCUCUCCGGAAGUGUUCAGUGUAUAUCUCGGCCUGCAAUGGAAGAGGCCGAGAUUUACGGCCCUGGUUUGGAGCGGGGCCGAUCAAUGAACCUGUACGUGGACAAAAGACUGAAUGUCCGCCCGAACUUGAUUGUUCAAGGACCCGCCAACGCAACGAGAUCAAUGGGAACCAGAGUUCAAUUAAUUUGCAUUCCGUUGGGGGUUGAUGACCUUAGAAUUAGAUGGCUAAAGGGUAACUUUCGUCCUCUUGAUUCUAUUCGCCGCUAUUUCCACGUCUAACUAAACCCUUUUCAGACGGCAACUACCUAGACAUCGCGGGAAACAGACGACUCCGAAUUGUCGGAACAGCUUCGUUGGAGAUCGUGGGUGUCGCUGAGACCGAUGCCGGCCUCUAUACGUGUGAAGUCAGCGAUGCUUCUGGUGCUCAUCAAAGCCGACAGAGCGCAAGAUUAUCAGUUGCAGCGCAAGGAACCGUCCCAAAACCCAUACCACCUCCAGCCAGCUCCAAAGAAGACACUACCGACUUUAUCUCUUUUGAAGUCGCAAAACCUGUGAUCUUCAUGGACGCGGAUCACAAUGCGAGAGUUCAGUGGUCAGUGAAGGUAAGUAAAAACUCAAAAGCAGUCUAAGACCCAUCAAUUUCCAGGCAUCCCAUGAGAAACACGCCUAUCUUCGAGAAUUUGUCGUUGAAAUCCGUCAAAAGGACCCUCUAAUUGAGAAUUCCUCGACUUUGUGGACAGAAGCUGACCGAGUCCCAGCGCAUGUGCGAGCCACCACCUUGAAGAAGCUCAACGCAACAAAGAAGUUCCAAUUCCGAGUGAGUGCUCACUUCACCGGCGGAUUCAAUCAAAUUUCGUCACCACCAACGGAUUGGAUGGGAUUUGUGGAGCCAAAAAUGGUAAGCGGUUCAUAAAACUUUAACCACAAGUGUUACAGGUAAUCCCGCUGUCUCCAAGAAUCACACGCGUCCAAACUGUCUCUCACGAGUCGAUUUUGGUCUCAUGGGAGCAUGUAACGGGCACCAAGUACAAUAUCCCGGACAAAUUUAUUGUAAACUACAUGGACACCUCGAGCGGUGAGGUUGAAGAAGCGCGAGUCCGCAACUCAACCAAUGAAGUUUUACUGGACGAAUUACUGCCUGGAGCAGAAUACCGAAUAACGAUUUUUGCCGAAAACAGCGCAGGAAGAUCACUGUCAAGUCGGCCAAGAAUCGCAAGAACCUACGGUAAGAGAAGCGUAGAAACGCUGGUACAGUGGCGGACCUGAUCCUUUGACAAAAAAAGUACGAUUUUGCGUCCGUGAAGCAUCAAAAAAAUGUGGCAAAAUACCUCCCUCUCCAAGCGAAAAAACUCCGAUUUCAAAAGCGCCCCUCUCUUUUUUGAGAGGGAUCCCUUCAAAACGGAGUUUUUUUAGUUGGAGAGGGAGGCAUUUUGCCACAUUUUUUUACACUUCCCGGAUGCAAAAUGGUACAUUGCUUGCCACUGGAUCAGGUCAGUCACUGUAUUUAAAAGUCAUCUCAUUCCAUAACACAAAUCAUUUGGUUAUUAGAACCCCGAUAUACGGUCUCUUUUCAGUUCUGGUUGAUGAGCCUAGCGCCUGGAGAAUCCUAGGACUUCAUGGAGGAACUUUCCUCCUGCUCCUAUCCUUAUUAGUCCUGCUGAUCCCUGUAGUUUGCGCUAUUGUCUUCGCAUUGUGCCGAAAAUGGCAAAGGAACCGAGAGAGGCCAGUAGUCCGAAAGCGGCCAAAGAAUCGCGCGCAAUCGCCAAGAAUGGACUUCUUCAGCCGCAAGUCGCAAGUCUACCAAGAACCGCUGUUCAUGAGCAACGAUCCGUUGAGCGAGCUGUCGCCUGUUAACUAUACUAUUCAUCCGGAAGAGGAGGAUCACUACGAAGACCAUGAUUUAUAUGCGAACAAACCGUUUGCCGACAUUCGAGGAGGCACAAUGAGAGCGAACCGGAUCCACGCUAGCGAGAUAUCACUUAACAGUCCAAGCCGGAGUACUAUCAAGGCGCAUCGAGCGAAAAAUAGUAAGAUUUUUUGAUUACAACGCCAAAUCAUCAAUGUCAAGACAAAAAUCUCAUUUUCAACUUUUCAGAUCACCUUCAAGGAACGACAAGCCUCGCUGGUAUCUUUAAUAACGCCUCCAUCUAUCAGAACAACCCUCGGCAUGUCCAGAUUUGGCAGGAUUCACCGACAAAGUCCAGUCUAAGUCAUCUAAAGUCCAUGCCAACUGCCAGAAGCACCUUGAGCGUCUUUACUGGCGCCGAUGGGAAACAACAGGCAAGUAGAGCUCCGGACAAGAGCAGAUGAGAUUGUGUAGGGUAUAUAGAAGGCGUUCAGUAGGAUUAUGUGGCAGAAAUGGGUCCAAAGGCAUCAAUGAAGCAAGGAAAUGCAUCCGAAUGCCUCCUUCUUUGGCCGAAACAGCUUCUUAUUUCGAAGCAAUAUUUUCGGUCAAAGAAGGAAGCAAAAGGAUGCAUUUCAAUGCUUCACUGAUGCAUUUGGAUACGUUUUCUACCAUAUAAUCCUGCUGAACGUCUUCUUUAUACUCUACACAAUCUCAUCGGCUCUUAGGCGCCUUCAAUUCCAAGUUACAGUGAUGGACCUGAUUCAGUGGCAAAAACGUACCAUUUUGCACCCGGGAAGUAUCAAAAAUGUGGCAAAAUGCUUCUCUCUCCAAGUGAAAAAAAACACUGAUUUCAGAAGCGCACCCGCUCUUUUUGUGAGGGAUCCCUUCAAAACGGAGUUUUUUAGUUGGAAAGGGACGCAUUUUGCCGCAUUUUUGACACUUCCCGGAAGCAAAAUGGUACUUUUUUGCCUCUGGAUCAGGUCCCCCACCGUAAUCCACUCUAAAUUCAAAUUUUACGCCUUUUUAGGUCCAACGACACGCCCAUCCCUCAAUGUCCACCUCUCAACACAAUUUCCACACCUUUGAGACAGCCAGACCCGAGCCAACUAAUCACUACUCAAACUCGUCGAAUAAAUCAUCUCCAAAUGGGUCGGCUGGCUCUCCCUCCACUCAGAUGACCAGCUCAACCCUUCUAGGGCCGGAUGGGAUCUCUCCGCCGCCCAACAAGUCUCCGCCGGUCCGUCAACUGCGCUCAGCGCAGUCUCAAAUGGAAUUGUCCAGUUUUCGGACGCAACCGCUCAAGACCUUUGGCGGAGUGAGUUUGGAUGAACCGGAGGGCAUGAUGGACUUGCCUCCGGCGCCACCAAACCUUCGACAUUACCAUAACGCGAAUCCGGCGUUGAGUCGGUCGCAUCUUGAUGGGUUUUUAAACUAA